AUGGUCGAUCACGGUAUCCGAAAGCGCAAUGUUACGACUCGCGAUCGCACCGGCUGCGUGACCUGUCGCACCCGGAGGUUGAAAUGCGAUGAAAAGAAGCCUCAUUGUAACAACUGCACAAGACUCAAUCUCGAGUGCGGCGAUCUGCUGAAGCGGCAGCAUGGGAGAAAACGCAAGGAAAAGGCACAAACGCCAGCUCCCAAGCCGGCAGCACAGUCGCACCAAACCUUCCACUCAGCCAACGAAAGCAUUGAAACCUUUGACGACUCACAACAGUUGUCCCGCUAUGAGGCAGCAACGUCACUAGCCCUGAUAUCUGGAGGGGUUCUCCAGGAUUCUCCGCUGCCUAGCAAUCCGAGCCAUGCGGAAACGCUCUCUUUCUACACGUCGUUUGGCGAUACGACUGAUAAUGGCAAUACGAAUGAUGGGACAAACACCCCUUACGGAGACGUAGUCACUCUAAGCUCCACGCCGGCAUACCCGCGGAUGGACUCGCCCUUGCUGCGACAGCGACAAUCAGAACAGGCGAAUCGACAGUUGAAUUCAGUGCCAACAAUCCCAGUCGGCUUGUUGGAGAGCGCCAAGUUUGCCGAAGACAUGGUGUUUUACCAACAUUUCACGGAUACUUCGCCGUACGGUACCCUCUCAAUUUUGUCACUUAACGAUAUCCUACAGGCCGACCAUCUCGAUAAGGCCUUCUUCCACGCUGCACUGGCCCUAGCGGCACUGGACAUUUCUCAGGCAAGGCCAAAUGAAGCGCUGGGCAGCAAGGCGGCACUGCAAGCCCUUGACCAUUUCGUUACUGCCCUUGGUACAGUGCGUAUGGCACAGCUCGACGAUGAGGGGGUCGCGACGGGCUGUCCGCCGAACCAAGACAAUGCAAUCUCAUGGCUGGCGACUCUCUUGCUGCUAGCCAACUUUGAACUGCAGAGAGGCCAGAUGAAGUUGUGGUACAUCCAUAGCCGGGCUGCAGUCACCUUUUUGUCCCAACACCUCAACCGUGUGCAAGAUUCACCCGUGGGAGAAGCAUAUUCUGUACGCUACAGCAUAGCAUCACCAGACGUCUCGGACUCCCUGAGUAGAUCACUUGUCAACUCACCGCACUCGGCUGACAGGCUGCUCUUCAUUUUGCCUCGGGUCAUUAAGCUGGAAGAGGAGUGGAGGAGCAACCCACAACAUGACCUCCACUGGCGAGAACAAGCAGAAGGCCUCAUCCAGGAACUGGAAGCCUGGCGGAGGACUCUGCCUGACUGCGACGUGCCGCCUCUGCACGAGCACACCGCAAGCCCUUACAACGAAGACGUAGAAGGGCCCGGCAUCUCCAUCAGACCCCUCAGCAUCCCGUACGCGCCCGAGCCCGUCAAGGCAGCAACAACCUUCAUGCACUACCUCGUAUCCCUCCUCCGCUUGGAAACGAGAUACCUCCCAGGCGCAGUGCGCCAACUACCCCCCAACGCGAAGAAAAUCGUCCUCCUCGUCCUCCGCCUCGCAGCAGGCGUCCCCUACGCCUCCUGCGCAGCCGUCAACACCUACUCCCACGGCAUGGUCGCUGCGAUAAUGAACUGCUACUACAUGUCGGAGGAGCAAGAGGUCAAAGACUGGGUCAAGAACUGGAUCGCCGGGUUCCCGCGCGAUAGGGAGGGCAUCUGGAACGUGCGGCACGCGCACAGGGUGUUGAAUUACGUCGACCAGGAGUACACUCGUCGCGGCUCGCGCUAUAAUUGGGAGAUUGUCAAGGUGCGACUGAUCGAUCUCGAGACGGACGCCACGCCGAGCGAGGACGAGGAGACGGACCCUGACAAGUUUUCGGUCGAGAUUUAUUCGCGGUGUAAGCGGGGCUGGAGCAUUGACUUUGUAGAAAUACCAUAA